AUGGACGACAAUACAAGUAGUGGGGAGGAAAAAACUAAGGACAGUGCGAAAAUAUCUGAGGCUGAAUUAAUUUUACUACGUAGAAAACAGAAUGUAGCGAGAGUACGUGCCCACAGGGAAAAGAAAAAAGCUGUCGGACUCCAGUCAUCUUUAUCAGAUGAAAUAAAAACUGAGCCGCCAGAUGAAAUCAGUGGACUAACAGAUUCAAUGCCAAGUACAAGUUGGGGGCCAGAGUCAACUUUUGGAUCUAAUGCAAUCGUUUCAAGUGAGACGCUCGCAGCCGACGAUGUUGAUGCUCAAAAGAUAUUGCAUAAAAGGAAAUUAAAUACAGAAAGAUGUCGUAGGUAUCGUGAAAAACGAAAGUUGAAGAAAUCUAAUAUCAGUACUAAACGAAGUUCAGGGGAAUUUGAUGCUAGUUCUUCCAACGAUGAAUCUACAGCACCAGGUGCUAAAAGUACAAACGACGCUAAUUCCCGCACUCCGGCUGGGUUAUACUGUCGUCGGUACAGAAAGAAACUGAAAGCGCGAAGGAAACGAGUAAAAAGAGAUCCCUCAUCAUUUUAUACAUUAUAUAUCAAACACAAUGGAGCUCAUAACCUAUUCGAAAACUUAUUUGAUAAUAAUCCAUUCGGUUAUUCUUGUACUGUUUGUGAUAGACUAUGGUUCGAAAAUGAUUUGAAAAGUCCUCCUUCGCCUUGGAGUGGAAUAUUGAGGCAGAUAUGUCCAAAUGUCCCCUUUGAAGAAAUUGCUGUAUGUGCGGUCUGUAGGACCUCAUUAGUUGCUGGAAAAAUUCCGAAUUUGGCAGUGUACAAUGGUUUUAAGUAUCCUCCUAAACCAAAUCUUCCUCAAUUGGAUUUGGUUUCCGAGCGAUUAAUAUCACCGAGAUUACCCUUUAUGCAAAUUCGACGUUUGCGUUACGUUGAGGGUCAACAUAGUAUUACUGGUCAAGUUAUCAACGUGCCCGUUCAUAUUGAUAACAUGGUCCAAACUCUGCCUAGAAAUGUGGCCGACGAUUUCUGUAUAAAUUUUCACGUAAAAAACAAAUCACUGUACGCAUCUAGUUAUUUGCAAGGACUAUUAAAUAAGAGGGUUAUUAAAGACUGGCUCGAUUAUCUUAUAGAUACUCCGCUUUAUAAGCACUAUAAUAUAAAAAUCAACCCGAAUUUCUUAGAGGAUUUGAACAACGAGACUGAAAUACUAGACAUCGAUUUAAAAGACUUCGCUGAACCAAUUGUGAUUGAUGAUAGUCUAAUUGCUGAACAGCAUACACUUUUAUGGUCUGAGGAUAAUGAUUUACAAACAUCACCUGUACGGAAUAAAAGGUUUUUGAGUUUACUGUUUGAUGAUCAUGUAGAAGAAUUAUCAUUCCCAACUAUUUAUUACGGUCAAUUUAGGAAAUUCAAAGAUGGCGUUAACUGUAAAGCACACUCAAUUGCAACAAGUGAAAUUCGGCGCACCGAUCGACGAGGGGUCAUUCCUCGCCACUUGCUUUUCUUAGCCAUGAAGGUCAUGCUAUUUAGAAUACAAGAAAACAUCGGUAUUGGAGAAGGAAUAAAAAUAACUAAAGAGCAAAUAUUAUCUUCCGAUUAUCUUAAUGACUGUGUGGAACAAAAUCUAGGUUUUCUCAAAUUCAUACCAAAUUCAGUACAAUAUUGGCAAAAUAGAAAAAAAGACCUUUUUGCGAUGAUAAGACAACUCGGAACCCCAACAAUGUUUCUGUCAAUGAGCGCUAAUGAAACGUCAUGGAAAUGGCUUUUAAAAACUUUGCAUAAACUGAAACACGGCACGGAGAUCACUGAUGUAGAAGUUGAACAGAUGCAUUAUAAAGUCAAGGCAGAAUUAAUAAAUGAAGAUGCUGUAACAUGCGCUAUUUAUUUUAAUAAACUCAUCAAAGUUAUAAUGACAACUCUUCAAAAUAGAACCGUUAGCCCAUUCGGUAAACAUUACGUUCGACAUUAUUUCAAGAGGAUUGAAUUUCCACACGAAGGAAGUCUUCAUGCACAUAUUUUGUUAUGGCUAAAUCAGGCGCCUCAAGAUGCUUUUGGAGCUGACAUGACUUCGGCUAUUAAACUUAUCGAUGGCUUAAUUUCAGUAUCAAAGAAAGAAUCUUCAGGGCACAUUGAACUCGUCACACAUCAUCAUACAUAUUCGUGUUAUAAAAAUAAACAAAACCAACAAAAGUGCAGAUUUAAUGCUCCAUAUAUGCCUAGUCGAACAACCGUUCUGCUCAAACCUUUGGCUAACUCGUCUGAUGAGGAGAAAUGUAUUUAUAACGAGUAUAAAAAGAGAUAUGAAAUUAUACACCAAAAACUGAAAGACCAUGACUAUCAUAAUAUUGAUGAUUUUUAUCAUAAGAAUGGUAUACAGUCAGAUUUAGAGUAUCAUAAAAUUUUGUCAGCUGGAAUUCUAAGACCAAUGGUUUUCGUUAAACGUCACCCUAAUGAAAAAUGGCACAACUUUUUCAAUCCCUUCAUCUUUCAUCAUUUGAAAUCGAGCAUGGAUAUCCAAUACAUUACAGACGAGUAUUUUUGUGCUGCUUAUAUUGCGGCGUGUGUAAACAAAUCGGAUCGAAGCGUCAGUAAUCUUCAACGGGAGCUAUUAGAUCUCUUGGAGAAAAACCCAAAUUUAGAUUUAGCUGACAUGACAAAACAUAUUAGUGUUAAUAUGCUGAACACAAUGGAAAUGUCCAGCCAAGAAGCAGCAUGGUUUCUUCUCAGGGAACCAAUCUGUAAGUUGACUCUUAAAGUAAAAUUUAUACCCACAAUGUUGCCCCAGGACCGUAGACCUAUAAUAAAAACUGAAAAAGAAUUAGAACGUCUUCCCGAUGAAAAUAAAAAUGUUUGGAAAGAAAACCUUUUCGAAAACUACGAAAAUAGACCUGCAGAGUUAGAAGAUAUAUCACUGAUACAGUUUGUUGCUUGGUAUACGGUUAGAGCUACAAAAAAAUUAUCAGGACCUCGAAUUAGGAAUCAAUACUGGGAUUCAGAAGAUGAAGAAGACAUUGAAAAGGAGGUUACACCAGAAGAAAAUGUGAAUCAUCAAAGUGAAAAAGUAUUUUACAAUCGCAAAACUCCAAGAAUCGUAAGGUAUCGACGUUACGAUAUGACUAAUCAUAUGCUAGACUACAAACGUGAAAUGGUCACCUUGUUUAUCCCAUUUCGUAAUGAAGAAAGGGAUAUUUUAGCUGAUAUGAGGUUUAAUCAAAUCUAUGAAGAAAAUGAACAACUCAUUUUAGCUAGCAAAGAAGAUUUCGAAGGAAAUUCGGAUAUUGAUAAAAUUAUUGCGGCAUACAGAAUAUUAUGUCACCCUGAUCAGAAUGAGGAAGCCCUAGAAAUUUUUCCUCUUAUGCAUCACGAUGCGGAUCGCUUCAGGGAAUGUUCCAACUAUACCUUUCCAGAACCGGAAGAUGGCAUAUUAAACGCUAAAGAUGAGCCAAAAGAUGUCACUGAUAUUAGAACAUUAGAAGCAGCUAAGAACUGUGUUGAUUUAGAAGAAAGUCCCCAAAAAGAUGCUCAAGACACAAAGAAAACUGAUCAUGAAAUAGUCAAUAUUAAUAUAAAAGAAGAAAUUAAUGAACAUGAAUCUGAAAAGAAAGAAGACCCGGCAUUGUUAUUGAUCAGCGCAUUUAAAUCCCAGACGCCACUCCUACAGUUAGAAACUCGUCAGCAGGAGAAUGAUUUGGUUGAGAUAUCAGACUUGAAGUACCAAGACAAUGAUGAAGUCAUAGGCGAAGAGGGGGCUAGGUUUAUAGAGAAGAAUUUGGCUGAUGUUCUGAACGAGACCUGGGUGAGGUACAACAUGGAUGACCGGCUGCGGCAGGCGCAGGACGAGCUGCAACAACAGCUGGAACAGCUGCAGAAGCAAAGUUUGGAGAUCGACCAAUUAUUGGACAAGUGCCAGAUGUCCACAGAUAAGCUCCGCACAGAGCUUUAUUCUACGUUCAAGCCAGAUAUCAGGAAACUUCCAUCGCUAUUUAUAUACGACCUGCCAGAUUGCUCUUAUUCCUUUGUCGACCUGGCGGAACAGGGAAGUAGACUCUUAAAUAAUCCGGAAUCAUCAUGCGAGUCUCUAGCAAGAAAAUCUGCAACAGAUCAGGAUGCUGAAGUAGCUGAGGUACAUCAAUCUGUGGAAACCGAUCCUUCCAACCUUGCUCCGAUGGGAAAAUUGUCUUAUCCCCAGUUAACAGCGGGAAUGAAAGUUUAUGCUUCUAAAAAUCCUUUGAGAACCUGGAUUAAAGCCAGGAUAUUGGAGAUAACACCAAAAUCAGAAGAUGCAAACUCUUUUACUUUGUGUCAUAUUGAGUAUGAACACAGAACGACUAAGCAGUCCAAAGUAUUGCCAGCUAGAUUCAUCGCAUACUUCAAUGCACCGCAUUUCAGGAUAACUAUUGGUACACGUGUGAUAGCAUUGUUCAAGGAUAACACGAAGCGUGGAUCUUUUUACGCUGGUAUUGUCGCAGAAACGCCCAACCCAAAAAAUAGUUACCGUUACCUGAUAUUCUUCGACGAUGGCUACGCUCAAUACGCGCCUCAUUCCAAGAUCCGCCUGGUGUGUGAGUGCGCGUCAAAUGUGUGGGAAGAAGUACAGCCCAAGUCGAGGGAAUUCGUCAAAAAAUAUCUCUUGAAGUAUCCUGAUAGACCCAUGGUGAAGUUACAAACUGGACAGACUGUGAAGAUUGAGUGGGAUAACAAGUGGUGGUCGUCGGUGGUGGUGUCGGUGGACGCGUCGCUGGCGCAGGUCCAGCUCCUACAGCACGAGAGGCGCGAGUGGAUCUACCGAGGGUCCACGAGACUCGCGCCGCUGUACCUGGAGCUGCAGGCCGCCGAGAGACACAGGCCGCGGGCCCUGCCGAGGGCACUGACCGCGAGGACGAACAUGCCCUACGUGGAGUACACGAGGCCCGAGGAGCGGCCCGACCGACGAGCAGAGGGGACGACGCACCAGCUACAGGCUGAGUCGAACAUGCCCUACGUGGAGUACACGAGGCCAAAGGAGCUUGCCGACGAACGGGCAGAGGGUACGACGCACCAACAGACUGAGGAGUUUCCUGUUCAUCGCGCCGUUGCCAAGAAGACUACCACGAAGACUCGCCAACUACCUCCCACUACAGUACAGAGUAUUGACGUUACCAGCAGUGUAGUGUACUACAGUCCAAAGAAAAAGGUGAAGCCAUACAAGAUGGUGCCCCAUACUUGCUCGCCUGCCUGCAAGAGAACGGAUGUUUUGGAACUCAAAGACUUAAAACCUUACAAUCCAUUGGCCAAGCCGCUGCUGAGCGGCUGGGAGAGACAGAUAGUCCGUUUCAAGGGCACCAAAGUAGUAUUAUACGUGUGUCCGUGCGGGCGCCGGGUCCGCUCUCCUCGUGAACUACAUCACUAUCUGCGGACAAUCGGUUCAGAACUGCCGGUGGACCUCUUCGACUUCACUCCGUCCACACACUGUCUGGCUGAGUUUGUGCUCAAUAAAUGCGGCGUCACUAAGAAGGACUUGUCGAAUGGCAAAGAGAACGUUCCAGUGCCGUGCGUGAACUACUACGACGAGUCUCUGCCGGAGUUCUGUUCGUACAACACGCAGCGCACCCCCACCGCCGGCGUGCCUCUUAACCUCGACCCGGAGUUCCUCUGUGGCUGUGACUGUGAGGACGACUGCGAGGACAAGACCAAGUGCGCCUGCUGGCAGCUCACUCUGGAGGGCGCGCGGACCAUAGGUCUGGAGGGGGAGGGCGUCGGCUAUGUGUACAAGAGGCUGCCGGAGCCGCUGCCCACCGGGAUAUACGAGUGUAACUCAAGGUGUAAGUGUAAGGACACGUGUCUUAACCGCGUCGCUCAACAUCCGCUGCAACUGAAGUUACAAGUGUUCAAGACUCUGAAGCGCGGUUGGGGCAUUCGCACCCUGAAUGAUAUUCCCAAGGGAUGCUUCAUCUGUAUUUACGCUGGAAAUCUAUUAACAGACGCCACAGCAACGCUCGACGGUCUGAACGAGGGUGACGAGUACCUGGCGGAGUUGGACUACAUCGAGGUGGUGGAGCAGAUGAAGGAGGGUUAUGAAGAAGAUAUACCGGAGAAUAUGAGGAAGAUGGAUGAGGUGGGUAGGGUACUGAGGAAUAUAUAG